ACCUGCUAAUAGGUCAAGAAUCUCGGUUUUCCAGAAUUUUAUUUCUGAAAUCACUCCUCGGCACCUGCUGACAACCUUCCAUGGAGUCACUGUCGUCAAUUAUUUUCCAUUCCACCGUUUGGUAACUGACAAUUUGGAAGGAAAGUAGCAGUCACCAAAUUGACAAAUUAGAACAAAUUAGAAAUUGAAGCCGGCUCUUUAAUUUGACCUACUAUACCAGCAAAGAGAGGUUUUGUUGGUUAACAACUUAAAAAUGUUUGGCGGGAUUUGGUGAACUUAAAUAUCGUCUGGUUUUUCGUGUACCAUUACACUAAACUUCCGCAUUUCUUGUCCAAGAAGAUUUUCACGCUUUGUUAUUUAUAAAACCCUAACAAUCUCAUUUUUCCACCUUAUAUUUUCUUCUUGUUGAUAAAACUUUAAGGUGAGAGCAAGCACAGAGCUUUCAUCCAUGGCGGGAGGAUCAUUUAUUUCAGCCAUGGCCGUGAUUGUCAUCCUAGCUGGAGCUGGAAUAAGUGAUGUGGCAGGCCAGUCAUGUUUCAACGCAGCGCUUAGUCUGACGCCGUGUUUAAAUUACAUCACGGGAAGCAGCAACGGCAGUCCCGGUGGUAGUCCAACUAAGCAGUGCUGUGACGCCGUUGGCGUGGUUCUCAAUGGCGGAGUGGAGUGCUUUUGCCAGGUCAUUACCACGAGUAAUCCACUCGGCUUUAUUAACCGUACCCUGGCGUUAAACGUUCCAGGCUUGUGCAGGAUCAGAACAGAGCCUCUGAAUCAAUGCGAAGCAAACGCUGGCGUUCCGUUCUUGCCUACUCCUGAGGCAAGCCCUGCGCCGUCACCAGUGGAUUUUCUGGAACCUUCUCCGCCGGUACAUUCUCCCGCGCCGAGAGAUUCUUCCUCGGCAGUUUACCGCCCUGCAGAAACUCCAUCCGAAGCUAUUUCCCCUACCAGUCAUCCUCUCAGUCGAGGGAAAGAAUCUAGCGGAAGUUACCUCACCAGAACAGAUUUGUUCCUGUCUGUAGUCGGAAUUUUAGCAGGACUGAUAUCCGCCAGCGUUCUAAGCUAAAAGUUGCACGAAAUUCCGACACAGAAAGAAUUACGGCCUUUUUUCUCCACAUUAUUUCAGUGAUGUUGCGGACGAAUAUUUAGCGAAUUCAAUGAAUGCCUCUGGAUUUUAGAAAACAGCAUCUCGUUGUGUGCAAAUGUUUUGCUGUUAUUUAAAUGCCUCUUAUUUUGCUGUCUAUGUUUAUUCUCGCCAUUUUAUUAUGAACACUCUGACCUGAUCUACAGUCUUUUACAGAGAUUCUACUUAUCUAUUUAUGAAUUUCUUAAUAAAUUCUGGCGACUUGCAGAAGUCUACUCAACAAUUCAUUGGAUAAAAAAUUAUAUCAAUAGUAUAGAUAUUGAAUUAACUUGUAGCCUUUGUCUGUAACAAACUUUGGUCACCUAAAUUUGCAGAAAUGAAAACGUGUUUGGCAAGAUUUGGUAUA